ACCUACUUCUGCUGGCACAAGAUUUAAAAUGGAGAAGUCGCUAGAAUUCCUCUCUUUACGGGGCCAAAACACUGUCAAAUGUUGGGAUCAUCACAUCUUAGGCAAGUUUGGAUGUGAGGCCAAAGAGAACGCAUAUGAUAAGGAUCGAAACUCACAGGGGAUUAUCAACUUUGGAACUGCAGACAACAAACUAUGUGAGGACAUUAUAAAAGAAAGGCUCAUGCGGCCAGACAUGAACAAGUUUGAUGAAACCAUGCAGCAUUAUUUCCAGUUCCAUGGCGGAGACAGUUUCAGACAGACUUUGGCAGAGUUUCUCCGAGAAAAAGCACAUGCUAACCAGGGCAGGGUCUCUGCUAAUGAUAUUUUUGUGACAUCAGGAGUUGCGUCAGCUUUUGACAUCCUUGCCCAUGCAAUCUGUGACCCUGGGGACACCCUCUUGAUCCCCUCCCCUCAUUAUGCUGGUAUGGAACAUUUUCACCAGCGUGGACAAGUCAACUUAUACAGAAUACCCCUAUCUAGUACAGGAACAGACAAAACUUCAAGUUUCCACCUGUCUGCUGACAUGUUGAAGACAGCCUAUCAGAAUGCAGUAAAUCAGGGCCAGAAAGUACGAGGAAUAAUACUCACCAACCCUAACAACCCCCUGGGUGACAUCUAUGAUGUUGAACAGUUAUACAACUUCUUAGAGUUUGCCCAUUCGAAAAAGCUUCAUGUUAUAAUGGAUGAGAUCUUUGCAUUGUCAGUGUUUGAUGAACACAGCAAGUUCCACAGUCUACUCCGUCUACAUCUCAUGUUACUCCCAGACCCUUGGAGAAUACACACUAUAUGGGGGUUCAGUAAGGACCUUGGUCUCUCUGGUCUUAGAUGUGGAGUCGUCCAUACCAAGAACCCACAAAUACAAACAGUCUUCAAAUCCCUGACAAACUUUGGAGCAGUUCCCCCAGUAAUUCAACACAAGCUCAAUACACUACUCAGAGAUAAAGAUUGGUUGGACAAAACUUAUCUACCCACUAAUAUAGACAGGUUAAGAAGCAACUAUAAGAUCAUGACAGAAACCCUUGAUAGCUUUAAUAUCUCAUACAGACACAGCAAGGCAGGAUUCUUUCUCUUUGCAGAUUUCUCAAAGUACCUCCAUCCUCCCAGCAAAGAAUCAGAGAUGGAUUUAUUUGAGAGGUUUAUAGAUGGCGGUGUAUACAUGGUGCCUGGCUGUGCACAUGGUUGGGACACAUUUGGUUGGUUUAGAGUCGUAUUCACAUCAACAUCAGAUAAAGAUAUAAUCAUUGAAGGUGUAAAGAGAAUCAAUGAUGUCCUCAACUCAAUCCCAGACCAAUUCACGACAGCAUCGUCAUCCAGUAACCAUGGUAACAACAGAGUUGAAAGUGAGGCUAGUGUCAGUGGGGAACUCAAAGGUGUUAAAAGGAAGACCCCAACCACUCCAGACACCACAGAUGACUUUGACUUUAUAAUUCCACAGCCUCUAAGCAAAGACUCAGGUCCUGAAGAUCCACUCGAAGGCAUGCUUAAAACACUCAAACAACAAAUUACCACUUCUGGUUGGUUAGACAAAAAUACUUCAGAUCAAUGGGAGGCAAGCAAUCCAGACACUGCCAAAGCAUUUAGAAAGGCAGCGGGUAAAGACAGUUCUUUUGAAAAGAUGGAAACCAACUCAAAUGACUCUAGUAAUUCCAAGGAAAGUGUUAACACGUGAAAAGAUAAUUAUGGAAUAUUUUUUUAUUGUACAUUUCUGUUGAAUGAAUAUGUGAAGUCAUUAUUUGUACAUAUCUUACAGUGAACACUUCAGUGUCAUGGAGGUUGAUUUAUCUCAUUAUCAAUUGUUGCAACUUGUCCAAAAGUAAGUCCCAUAUGAAGUGUAGUGCUCAUUAUACUAAAUGUUAUGUCUCAUUUACUUGGGAACAGUAAGUUAAAUUCGGUUAUGUGUACUUUGUAUUUUUAAAAGAUGGCAUUGUUUUAGACUCCACUUUUGAAUAUAAGUUUUGAUAAAAUCAUUUUAGGGAGGAAACAUAUAUAAAGUGGUCAACUAGGUAAAACAUUCCUAUUGAUAGGUCAUCAGUUUUACACUUCUCAUUAUGAAAUGAUUGAAAAUGAUACAAACUACACAUGCUCGAUUCAGUGUUUUUAUUCAUGACACUCACAUUAUUUACAUGUACAUGUUUGUGAAUAAUUCUUUCUGUAAAAACUUCAACACUGCAAUCCUACAUUUAACAUUUUGAAAAUUUCUCUUUUUGAAUAUCUAUUUUCUUACAUUCAAAUUCCAGUGUUAUUUUAUAUUGCUAUACGGCUGUAAAUGUAAGUAGAUGCUUCAGUUCAUAGAGAACACUAGAUAUAUACAUAGGGUAAAGUAAAACAGGUGAUAAAGGCUGAUGAUGAAUGGAAUUUAUCAUAUUGACCAAAUGACUAAAUCCAUACAUAUACAGUGUACAUGUAUGUAUAACCAGCAGGGUACAUCAUUUGGUUGCUAACCAAUGGAUUUUACCAAGCACCAGGGAUUGCAGCAUAUUAGGGGAAAUACCAUGGUAACCGGUCCACAAGUCCAUAAUUAUUGACGUGAAGAACAUGUUAUGCAUUCCUGCAAUUGUGUAAAAAAAUAGCAAAAGUAAUGCUAUGAAACUGAAAAAAAAUUCAUCAGUGGAAUUAGAAUAGACUUGAAAAACAUUUUGUGCUUCUCUUUUUAUUAUUAAUGAAUAUGAACUAAUAUGUAAUUGAUGGGUGGAAAUACAUUAUUCGCUUGUGAACAUUCAGUUCCCAUUGUUCUCCAACUCUUAAAAGCAACCAAGUGCUGCAUUUGGCUGAGAAUUCAAAAAUAUGUUUUGCUGCUUUGAUCAUUUUGGUAUUUGUUUACUUAAAAUUGGCGAAAUUGGUAUUUUUCACCCAGCUGACAUCAAUCUCAAGGUCGUGACUAAUACAUGUAUGUGCAUGUACAUAACUGUCAAUAGUUUAUUUUU